AUGGUUCGCCAAUGGCAAAGGAAUCUGCGUUCCGAAGCUCGAGGCUUGGACAGAAGCAUCAGGAAGAUCGAGCAAGAGGAAGACAAGAUUCGGAAAGACAUCCAGGCGAAAGAUUGCAGUACAUUGGCAGAUCCUGACAGUGUGUUUCAAGAUGUCAGAAGGCUUGGGCUCCACAAGACACAAGCGGAUGAAGCACAGCAAAUGUCGCAGACAGGAAUCGAUCACAUCCAUGAGAAGGGAGAUGAUGCGCGCAGGCAAUUGCUCCUUGCCGUUGUGUUCAGUCUCAUCGAAGAGUUGAUUGACGAAGGCAUGGAGGAAAUGGAUGGACCGGAUCUCGAGGUUGAGGCCGCUUGUUGCGUCGCUUCCUUGCCUGGACCCUUUGUAACGCAAGAUCCGAAGAGCAGAGAUGGCUUGGAGGCGGAAGCAGAGGUGGACAAAGUGCUGGACUGGGAUGAUCUGGCUGUAGACGCCUCCAUCCGUAUGGCAAUCUCGAAGCCGCAGGACUUCCACGUCCCACACAACUACGAGUUCUAUUUUCAGCAGUGUUCAGCAUAG